CGAGAUCGAGAACGUGUUGGGGGACGAGCUGGAGGUAUCCUCUAGGAGAAGAGGCUCCCGGGUCCGGGUUUGGGCUGGACGAAGGGUUUGGAUACGGGGUAGAGCUCCGGGGUGCGGAGAUUCGCGGAUUUCUCGGGCUGGAACCGUAACAUCUGCCGAGGCUCCAAGCGGGGCCAGGGGAUAGUGGAGACGAGGCAGUAGCCGAGAGUACAGAGAGAGAGCGACGGAGACAUCGGGAGCGACGAGGAUGCAGCUCGCGAACUCGUCUCCACCGAGGCUCGCGAAGAAUCAGCCUCGGAUAGAGCCAGAUUAAGCUCCGAUUUUCGACCUAACCUACAAGCCCCGUCCAUCCCGAGAACCCGUGGACACGAUUCAACCCGGGCUGGACCCCCAGGAGUGUCUCCAGAGGAGCCGAGAAAAAAAUUUGCGAAAAGUCAGGCUAGUGGAGAAGCUUCACAUACGCGGUCGGUCCGUGCGCGCGUCAGGUAGGUUGGGUCCCUCUCCUCGCCCGCUGGCAUCGCGCAGGCAGCCGAGAAAAAGAGAGCGAGACGGGAGUGCAGGGGCUCGCGGCCGCCGAGGGCGCCCCCUAGUGCCGCUGACUCGCCAGCCUCGUACUCGCGAGCGCUAGACAGAGACGGGGCUAUAUCGAGAGAGCCGCACAUACAAUAUUUCCCACUACUAUUACUCUCCAAGAGCGGCGCAGCGAGUUGGGGGUUGCGUGCGCCGCGCGGCGGCAUUUCAGCCGCUGACUCCGCGCGGGCACGUUGUCGCGGCCAGAGCACCGCGCGCGCGUACAUACACUUUUGAGGUUAGGAACGCCACCAGAAUACCGAGAUACAGUCGUCGCGCACUUCCGACAGACCGAGAGAGAGAGAGAGAGAGGGCACACACACGAAUACAUACAGACGUACCGUACAGCUGUGUGUAUAUGUAUAUAUAUAUAUACACACUUGCACACCGUACGUGUGGGCUCGAGAGGAGUACAUAGCGCGCGCGCACAUACGCACGCGGGUGUAGCGCGACUCGAGGGUGGGGGGGAAACCGACUCGCCCGGGAGCUCCAGGAGGCGCUCCUUCGAGGAGUGAGUCGCGCGCGCGCGCUCGUCGGACAAGUAUAAAGACAGCGAGGACCAGCCGACUUCUGAAGAUAUACCGUGAGAGAGAAGAGCGAGAGGGAGGAGCCGGAGGAACGUCGUCGUCGUCGUCGUCGUGGUGGUGUUGACUUUGAAUGGAGCUGGCAGCAGCGGCGAUGCGCCACGCCGGCGGCGCCAGCUUAGCCCUGACGAUGGGCCUCCGCAGCUAGCUACGAGGAGAAGAAGAGGAAGAAGAAGCUCCGGCUAGCCGCUAGAAGAAGAGGAUUGGGAAGAAGAAGAGCGCGCAAUCAUGACCAUAAUAGUCUUUCUCAUCGACACCUCGGCUUCCAUGAACCAGAGGGCCUACCUGGGAGGUAGGCCCACACUGCUCGAUGUGGCCAAGAGCGCUGUGGAGACCUUUGUCAAGGUACGGCAAAGGUCACCAGAGAGUAGAGGAGAUAGAUACAUGUUGUUGACCUUUGAAGAGACACCUCAUAACAUAAAGGCCGGCUGGAAGGAGAACCUGGCGACGUUCAUGAACGAACUGAAGAAUCUGCAGUGCGUGGGUCUGACAACGCUCGGAGCUGCGCUGAAAAACGCGUUCGACGUGCUGAAUAUUAAUCGCAUGCAGACCGGCAUCGAUACCUAUGGCCAGGGCAGGUGUCCGUUCUAUUUGGAGCCGUCGGUCAUCGUCGUUAUUACGGACGGUGGAAAGUAUACUACCAGCAAUGGAGUUCAUCAGGAUUUCACGCUGCCGAUGCACGCGCUAAUCCCAGGCUCCGAACUGACGAAAGAGCCGUUUCGCUGGGACCAGCGUCUCUUUUCCCUGGUCCUGCGAUUAUCUGGUACCCCGGCGGUCGAGAGGGAUACGGGGUUGGUAGCAAGUGACUCGUCGCCAAUCGACGCGAUGUGCGAGGUAACCGGCGGACGUUCCUACUGCAUCACUUCGCAUCGCAUGAUGAUGCAGUGCAUAGACUCGCUCGUCCAGAAAGUUCAGUCCGGUGUCGUUAUCAACUUCGAGAAGAUAGGACCGGAUCCCCUACCAGUAGCUAACGAAGCCCCCAACUCGGUGCAUCCCGAACUCGAUGAGGAAAACGACGAGGAGAUGACUGGACCGACCGCCAAUGGGUCGGUUACGGUAAGGGGAAGAAACGCCUCGUACGCAAACUCGAAUUCAGUGCCAGGCAUAGCCAGCGUAAUCCCUAACAAUCUGAGUAACAAUACGGCGUGGCACUCGUGUCGACGUCUGAUCUACGUGCCACGAUCGGCGCAAAAAGGUUUCGCCGUGGGCUUCUGGCCCAUCCCCGAGAGUUUCUGGCCGGACAUCUCGGCGAGUUCCUUACCGCCGCGGUCGGCCCAUCCGAAUGUCAAGUUUACCUGCACGAGUCAAGAGCCUCUCGUUAUCGAGAACUUACCGUUCGACAAGUACGAGCUCGAGCCGAGUCCGCUGACGCAAUUCAUUUUGGCGCGGAAACAGCCUACGAUAUGCUGGCAGGUGUUUAUCGCCAACUCCUAUAAGAGCAGUGAGGUCGGUCAUCCCUUUGGUUAUUUGAAGGCUAGCACGAACCUCACCUGCGUCAAUCUCUUCGUGAUGCCGUACAAUUAUCCCGUACUUCUGCCGCUGCUCGACGAGCUGUUCAAGGUUCAUAGGAUGAAGCCCAGUGCCGAGUGGAGGGCACAGUUUGCGAAUUAUAUGAGGACUAUGCCCGCGUAUUACGCAGCAUCGUUACGAAGAGCUUUAACGCGAAUGGGCGCCCCAGCUGCUCUGGCCCAGACGCUCAUACCUGACAACAUGGACAAUACCCUGUCGUAUAGCGUGCUGAACUACCUCAAGAGGUUAAAGAAUCAGGCGAAGUUGGAGUUUGACAGACUCUGCAAUGAAGUCAUAUCGAAGCAGGUGGCCAACAAGAGUCUGGCCAACGGUAGCGCCAACUCCGUCCUCGAAGGUCUACGAGUCACGCCUCGAACUACGAUCAAGAAAGACUUGCUAUCGAACUCGCUGACGGAUCUCAGGGACGAGCUGAACAAAUUCAGUGGUUUCGUGGUUGGUCUGGUGAAGAAUCACCAGCAGCAGCGAGGUGCACAGAGCUAUCGUAACGCCUUCGACAUACCGCGCAAAUCUCUACUAGAUCAGGUCGUAAGAAUGCGUGCCAACUUCCUUCAACCAGGAUUAUCACAUACGAAGCUACUGGACGACGACUACGUACACUCGAUGCCUGUCUCGCAGAUGGGCAACUACCAGGAAUACCUCAAGCGCAUGACGCCGCCACUCAGGGAGAUCGAAAGCACGCCUGUCCGGCAACACAUGUUCGGCAAUCCCUUCAAAAUCGACAAGCGCAUGAUGGUCGACGAAGCGGAUAUCGACAUGGUGGGCGCGACUUCAUCAGCCUCUAAGGGUCUCAAACGAUCUCUCGCCAACUCGGAGGCUGGUGGCCUAGGCUCAGGAGGUGGACUUAACUCAUCUCGACCUCCCAGCAAACGCAAACCUGGACCUAUUCCGAAAGACAUAAUGGUUCGCCGGCCCUCGUACUCUCCGACCAACACACCACCCGGCUCUCCAGUCCCCUGGUCCGACCACGUCAAGCGUCCGACGUCACCACUGUUCCCACCAACUCCAGCCACGACGACAGCACCAGUCGCUGCCUCGCUGACGACGUCGACGAGCGUUGUGACGGCUGUAACUUCGACGGUGACCACGAGCAAUAUCAACAGCAGUGCCAGUAUCCACAGCCUCAUGAUGUCCAAGCCCGAGCCAAAGCUCGUGAACGGAGACCUGCUGCUAGCCGCUGGUGUUUUCGAGCCCGUCUUGCCCAGUGGCAGCAACGGUGCUCUUGUGCAUGGUGGUGCUGGUGCUAGUGCGAAUCACGAGCCCGCGAACAACGUCGACGCGAAAGCUUGUGUCAGGACCGAGAUCAAACUCGAGCCCAAGGUGGCUCAGUCGGAGGCGAAGGAACUAGUACCGCCCCACGAGAACAACAGUGCUGCGGUUAGGAUUAAAUGUGAGGUGGAGAGCGGUUGUAGUAGUAGUAGUGGUAGUAGUGGUGCCGGUGCAAAAUCGGAUACGAUAGCGAACCACGUUGACGAGAAGCCGUUAAGCGAGCGCAAGCUCGAGGCUGCCGCGGCGAUGCUCGCCAAAGAGCGGGCCCUCAGCAAGAAGGAGCUCGAGGACAUCCGCAAGCACAACAUCGUCGUCAGGGACCUCAUUUACAAGGAGGUCAGAAGGAAAGGCCAAAACUUCACAGCCCUGUUCACACACCUGCAGACGAUCUACGGCAGUCUGGACACGCGGUUGGCCUUCGUGCGCGACAUCGUGAAGGAGUCGCUGCGCUUCAAACGGCGCAAGCUCGCCGGUAUGCUCGAGGACUACCUGAAGAAGCUCCAGCUGGAAGACAAGAACGUCGUCAUCACCCACAAGAGCCACCGGCAUAACGGCGCCACCAAGAUCACCUAAUCCGCGCGCGACACUCGCGGAUCUGUAGAUAUAUAUAGAUAUAUGGAUUAUAUUGAUCGACCCCGAGAGACGCUUCGUUUACUAUUAUUUUUUUUCUUCACAUUUCGCUGGCUAAUUUAUUCUUGUUUUGAAAAUCGAGAAUGGAUCGUUGCUACCUUCGCGUGUCUUAUUCCGUAUGAUUGUUUUCAUUGGGCGAACGAGUCGUGCGUUUUUUAAAAAGAAGAUCGGAGAGGCUCUCGACGCGACGAACGUUCUUGUAAUACACGUUACAAAACAGCGCUGAUUAUUGGGCGCGAUGAUAAUAAUUAUUACACUAUUACUACUAUUAUUAUUAUUACUAUUCUUAUGAUUAUAGCGAUUAUUACUAUUGUAUAACGGGUCGUUAAUCUCUGUGUAAAUUUUGUUAUUAUAUGCAUAUAUAUAUUUGUUGAAAGAGCGGGAAAGGAACGGACACACACAGGUUGACUCGAGGUUCUGCCGAGUGAUUAGCUCAAAUUUUAAGGAUCGUUCGACAUUUUUCUUUUUCUCUUUUCGACAAAGAUUACCGAGAGUAUAUAGAUACAGGACUAAACGACGCCACGCGUCGGUUAUUUGUAAAAUAAAAGGAACCCUGUAGCUUUAGGUACGAGAGGAGGUAACCAAAAGCUUAAAGCAAAGCGAUGAGCCGUGUAUUUGUAAAUGAAUAAGGACGGAGAUAAAGGUUUACUGCGUAUUUUACAAUGUAUUUUACUAAAUUAAAAUAUUUGGGAAAAAUAACGAAACGUUGCAUAUUUUGAUUCUUCUCAAGCGAAUCUCUCACUCGCUCACCGCCAAAAUUUCCACACUUUAGGAUUUGUGUGCUCUUGUACAUACAUACGAUGAGGAGAAUUUAGAGAGAAAGGAGCAGACGAAUGCGAGUGUAAUGUCCCUAACCAAAGUUUUAACUACAGUGCCUGAUGUUUUUUCUAUAUGAUGAUCAUAAAAGUAAACGAAAAAAAUUAGCUGCACUUCGUGAACGGUGAAAUUGCAAUUCCGGUGAUUUCGAACAGUAGCUUUCUUGAUCGACGAUUUCGGUAGAAAUUUUCGUCGAGUAUUAUUUGCAUUUCCUUUGUACUUUUAUACAAUUUGAUUGAAUAAUGACAAAUGGAAUUUUUUUUUAAUUAUGUGAUUGGUACGAUUGUUUAUAGUGGAAUAUCAUUGUUGAAAAUCAACUUCUGUAAAUAACGUGCAAUUCUUUCUAUAUUCAUUUUACUAUGCCGCAAAGGCUGCAUAUGAAGAUUUCACCGUUCGGUAUUCUGGAAACUUUAAGUUUAAUUGAAAAACAGCGCUAGACUUUGGUUACUUUCAUCUGUAAUAUCUAUGCGAAAUAGCUUCUCCUUUUUUUUAUUUUGAAACACGAAAAAAAUUUUUUUUUUAUUCAAGAUCUUGAUUAUAUUUUAUUUUUAUCAACAUUGCACAUUUAAUUGAUUCGACUUGGAAAAAUCAGUCGUUUUUACGAGGUUUCACGUUUGAAUUAAAUCCAUGAACGUAAAAAGCUGUUCGCAAAGAUAUUGAAUUUGCUUUGAAUGAGAAGCUUUUAUUAAGUUUGAAUAAAUACUACCACGAUGGAAAAAUGCGUGUACAAAAAAGUAAAAUAAAGUAUUUCUCGAAACAAAUUUGAUAUUCGCAAAAUUCCUUUAGAUAGUAUUUUGAUUUGCACGAAUUUAGGUUACGUCGUGAUGUAAUUCUCCAUAAGUUUUUUUAAAAAGUUGUACUUUUUAAUAUCGAUAAAACUGUGAAACAGUAUAAAGAUGUGUUUGUAAAUGAAAACCUUAAAUAUUCCAAAUAUCAUGAGAUUUUACAUUUUUUACAAUCGAAUAGUAAUGUCUAAUGAAAUUUUUCCAUCUGGGUAAUAAGACAACCUUGCCUUGCCUUUUCUGGACGUUGUGUAGCGAGAAAGUAAACAGAAACAUUUUGUAACGAAACUGUAGGUGGCCGCAAUUCUUGAUUCCCUCGAUAUAACUAAACUACAGGUGGUUUGAAAUUCAAAACUUUUUCAUUCAGAACUGCCAUGGAUGUUGUCAUACUUUUCAAAUUUACUUGAUUUCUUAUAAUCAGAUCAUAGAUUUUCAUUAGAAAACUGCACGAAUACAUAUCUCUGAUUUAGAGCAGAAAAUAUACAUGGUCCUGUAGGUAUGAAAAACUUUCGUUUUCAAACAAACUAUUCGCGAAAAAUCAUUGCGUCAGGAUAUAGAGGCGAUCUUAUCCACAACAAAGGGACGAGGGAUUCCGAAACGAGAACUUUAGUGAAGUCCCUGAAGUGGACGAUGACAAGCUAAAUACGCUUAUCGGCUACGAAAUAUUGAGCCGAGCACCUUUUUAACACUAAGUGCGAUUUCGUAAUUUACCCAAAGCGUCGAAAGUGGAAAGUGUCGCGAAGUGAAUAUUUUUACGCAAUCGAUGAGUCGUACUUGAAAAUUGGUUGAUACUAUUAUUAUUAUUAUUAUUAUUAUUAUAUUAUGAUUACUAUUAUUACAUGGUUGUUAUUGUUUUUAGGAAAUGCAUUAUAAUUAUUAUCCUAUUAUACAUAAUGAAGUUGAUCAACUUGGGAACUUGCAUAUGAGAAUCAUUGAAUUAAUACUGUGUAAUGAAGCGAUGUUAAAACAAUCGCAUCUUAUAAAGACGAGAAUAAAAAUAGCGAAUUAUAAAUGAAAUGAAAAACGGAAACAAAUUGUGCAAGUACCCAACCACACGAAAUAUUUGUGUAUUCCUGGUGGAAAUAUUUAAAUAGAAUACUUUUGAAAAAAUAACGAAUUGUGUAAAAUAUUGUACAUUUUUAAACUUUAAAAUAUGUAGCAAUUGUGAAAAUAUGUAAAUAAAUGUAAUGAUUUAAACAGUUUUAAUCGGUAUGUGGAUAUAUUUUUUGUUACAUUAUUUUCUAAAUUAUUUUUCGUUCUCUAUUCUUUAUGCGAGACUUAUAUUUUCAAAAUCAUUUGACAGUAAUAUUUUCACCACAACAAGCUAGAGCAUGCAGCGUACUUUAUUAAUUUAUGCUAAAAAAUCGUAAAAAAAUUAGCAAUUCCAAUGCAAUGUCAACCGAAUUUGAUAUUCCAAUUUAUUUUCGGCGACGCUCGCACAUUGAUUUGAACAAUCGACUUUAUUAUUUAAUUCAUAGUUAAAUAUAGCCUCUUGACUUCGAGCAAGCUGUUUGCAUCGCCUAGAGUCUAUUAAAAAUGCAAAGCCGAUAACGAGCGACAGAGUCAUCAGAUUCGAUUGAAAUUGAUUUUAACAAGAAACUAGUAUAUGCUGUACCGAAGAAAACUAUAACAAUAAGAUCGCCCGAUUCACACUCUGUAUACCUACGCGUAUACUUAUUUAUAUGUGUAUACGAUAAAAUAAAAACAAAAAGAGUCAAGUGGACACUCUUGAGUCGCGCCGCUAAAUAAUCAGUUUCGAACCUUUCGCUUCGCGAAUGAGAAGAAGCGAGGAAAGCGAAAAGCAGAAUAAGUGAUUCGAUAAGAGCUGUGUUCACCGGAGCAUAAAAUCGCGCGAAAGCUUUUUUUCUUAUUGUGAAUGCAUAAUUAAAUGAAUUUUUAAAAGUUUUCUGCGACCGACGACGAGGAGAGGAUGAAUUUUUCUAUAAAUUUACAAAAAAUUUCCGACGGGUAUAACUCAGCGACGACGAGAGCGUCGUUUUCCAAUAACGAGUAUAUUUAAUUAUGCAUAAUAAUGUAAUCGCGUGUAUGGCGUGUCAAUAAACUAGUCUUUUUGUGUCAGAGACGAGCUACUGUAAAUAGUGUAUAAGGUGCUGUUGUGAAGGGAUGUGAAAGUUGAUCGCAACCAAUCGCCGAACGAUUCGUUUUAACGAUGAGUUUUAUUUUUUAUUAGUCCACUUUAUAUACAUUGAAUUUUUUCUACGCCUUUACCUUGUCACUCUUUACUUGCGGAUAGCUCCUAAUCAAAAAUAACUGUCACACGUCUGAUUACAGAAAAACAGCUUUCACGUCACCCGAGCUUAACAGCAUAGUUUCAUAGAAGUACGAUUCAUCGAUCAGAUCGAUAUAAUAUCCUGAAUCUAUAAUUGUCGACAAAAAUGAACGAUAAGUGAUCCUCUAUUGUAUAGUAUAACAGGUAGCGAGCCGACCGUGUACAUAAAAAAUUAAAAAGCGUGUACAAUUUGUAAAUAAAGAUAAGAGUUCAUGAUUUCUUUUUGUCAAGUAAACGAAACGAAUGGAUAAUAUAUACCGCAGCAAGCCAAAAAUGUAUAUCGAACGCGUGUGUAAUAAUCCAAUUGUUGUUUUCUCCGCCUGAUAGAGUCGAGUAAAUUUGGUGGCGCUGUUUGUUUUAAAGAAAUCGUUGUAUACUCCGCGGAAAGUCGAAUUAUGAAAAAAACACAAUCUUUAUCUAUUCGAUUCGUUUACUGCGAUACGACGAUAGCGGUUACAUAUAUACCUUAUAAAGUACGUCGAAUAGUGCGAUUAAAGCGUACGCGGAUAUAUGAAUUGUUUGAUUUUCACGUUUAUAUUUUUGCAGAAAUGCCGAGUAUAAAGAACAUUCAAAAAAGACUAAAAAAAAAUAUUGCAAAAGAAUUCGACGUUGAACGAAGAAUAUGACAUAAUCGAGAAUAAAAUCCUUUUCGAAAUAUUA